AUCCAGAGGGCUGAACUUCCUCAUUCUUGCUGCAAAGCGAAACAUGAGCUGAUGUUUAGAUAUUCCGGUUCUAAUCUACUCAUGGCUGGACGUGUAGCUUUACAUUCAGUUGACACAGCGGGUUUCCGGGUGUUCCUUAGGUCCACCACAGCCAGUGUGGGGUUUAAGAGAAAUGCAGGUGGAAAUGCAACAGCUUCUGUUCCUCCUGGAAGCCUCAGGACUGAUGCUGACCUCCCUGUGAUCACUCUUCCCACAAUGCUGUACAGGUUGAUCUUUAAAGGGUACUACAAUCAGAUGCAUGAGCUACAGUUAUAUGAAAAGAAGCUUUAUGGCCCCAUGUAUAAAGUACAAACAGGCAACAAUCAUGCAAUUUCACUGAAUAGCGUGGAGCUGCUGGAGGAGCUGAUGAGGAAAGAUGAUAAGUUCCCACGCAGAGGAGACAUGAAUAUCUGGACUGAAUACCGAGAUAAGAACAAUCUUGGUUAUGGUCCUAUUACUGAAGAAGGGGAGAGAUGGUAUAAACUUCGUUCUGUGCUGAACAAGCGCAUGCUGCAUCCAAAGGACUCUGUGAAGUAUGAGAACGUGGUUAAUGAGGUGGUCACCGAUUUUAUCAAACGGAUUUGCCAUCUACGAAAGAUGAGCUCCACUGGAGAUCUGGUACCAAACAUAUCCAAUGAGCUUUACCGCUUCACUCUAGAAGGAAUCUCCCGGAUACUGUUUGAGACUCGAAUUGGAUGUCUUGAGAAUGAGAUUCCAGCUGAGACUCAAAAUUUCAUUGACUCCAUUGCACAGAUGUUAACUUAUACUAUGGUUGUGCCUAUGUUACCAAAGUGGACUCGUAAUUAUUUGCCAUUCUGGCAGCGAUACAUAACUGCUUGGGAUGGAAUCUUCAAAUUUGCCUGCAAGCUAAUUGACAGGAAGAUAGAGGAUAUUCAGAUGCGCCUGGAUGCAGGUCAGGAAGUUGCAGGAGAGUAUCUCAGCUACUUGCUUUCCAACACUAACAUGAGCAAAAAAGAUGUGUAUGGAAGCGUUGCUGAACUGCUUCUAGCAGGAGUGGACACAACAUCCAACACUAUGAUGUGGGCCUUAUACCAGCUGUCACAAGAUCCAAAGAUACAGGACACACUGUAUCAGGAAGUUAACAGCAUCAUCAAGGGGGACAAAAUUCCAACAGCUGAAGACAUAACAAACAUGCCAUACCUCAAGGCUGUCAUCAAGGAAACUCUAAGAAUCUACCCAGUUGUUCCUACAAAUGCACGCCUUCUUUCAGAAAAUGACGUGAUUAUCGGAGGACACUUCUUUCCUAAAAAGACCAGCUUUUUACUAAAGCAUUAUGCAAUCAGUCACGAUGAGACAGUAUUCCCUCAACCCAAAGUCUUCCAACCUGAACGCUGGUUACGAGAUGGGAGGGAAAGGCCUGUUCCGUUCGGAUCCAUUCCAUUUGGAUUUGGAGUGAGAGGUUGUGUUGGUAAACGUAUCGCUGAGCUGGAGAUGCACUUGGCAUUGGCGAGGAUAAUAAAGCGGUUCGAAGUCAAGCUGGAUCCAAAUGUGAGAGAGGUCAAAGCUCUCAGUCGUACUGUGCUUGUGGCAGACAGAACAGUCAAUUUUCAUUUUCUGGAGCGGAAAGAUGUACCCACUUAAAGCUGCUCUAAACUGUAACUUCCACCAAACUAAUCCACUAAAGAAGUCCAUACACCUUCAUACAAACGAUUUCUUCUAAGAGAUACAUGCCCAUGGUAUCCAUUGGUGGAAAGAGUAAAAAAAAUUCUACUCAAGUAAAAUUAAUGUUACUUCAAUAAAAUUUUACUUAAGUAUGAGUAAACCGGUUUAAAAAUCUCCUCACGUAAAAGUAAAGAGUAGUUCAUUUAAAAUGUACUCAGAAUGAACUUCAGCAAGGACAACGUUACAAAUUAAAGUGCAAUAACCAAAUAAAAAAACAAACAAACACAAAAACACUACAGUCCAUGACUUGAGUCUAAUGCGAGUAAUGUACUCAUGCAGCAAAAUAAAAAUUAUAAUUUAUAUGUUAUAAUGUCAAUAAAGACAGUAAGCGCACGCAUUGAACAUCUUUUGAUUCAACGGCAUUUUACUUUUAGUUGGGUCUAUCACUGUCGUCUGUCUUUCUUGUGAGUAGGGCACGUUUGUUCUCUGCCGGUAGCAGAUAUGAUUUAAAAUGUAGUUAAGUAUAAUACGUCAAACAAAAUAUACUUAAGGGAAAGUAAAUUACAGAUUUAAAAAGUAAAAGUAAGCAAAAAACGACUAAAUUAAUGUGACAUGAAUAAAUGUAAUUUGUUACUUUUUUACUUUUUGGUAUCACAAGCUGUGUGAACUCUUAGGGACCGAACCUUUCGAUAAAUUUUUUUAAAUGUUUAUGAUUUUUUUUUUAACCACUCAGACCUCUGAAAAUGUAAUGCUGUGUGUGAAUGUGUUGAAAAUGAUAAUCACAGAGCAUGUAUUUCAGAGCUCUUAUUUAGUAGGCAAAGAUUUAAUUUGAUUUUUCAUUGACUUUUCAUUUUUUUUUGUCUGUAUAAAAUCUAUUAGCUCUUUAAUUGGAUUAAUUGUAUGGUUUUUAUACUAUAAACAGUGAAACCUAAUAUGUACAGUUUGUUGUUGUGUAGGAACAUAGCAGAAAUUGUAAUUGAAUAAAGAAACAUACAUUAAAGUCAAAAUGUAUUUA